AUGUCCAUCUCAGUGCAGGAAUCCCAAGAAUACCAGGAACACCAGCAGUCCAAUCACAUGGACUCUGAUGCCAGGUCCUCCAUAUUUAACUUUGAGGAUGAUGAGGAUGAGCAUGAUCAUGCUGAGCAUUCGUCUCCUUCUUCUUCCUCCUUCGAUAAAUCCACCUUUGCUCACCUGAUUUCCUCCUAUGGUUCCUCUUCUUCCACUGCUUGGCUCGAGUUUUCCCGUUACGAUAGUGUUAUCGUCGGCGUGUUCGGUUUGGUUUGGCACGGUUUGUACCAGUUUGGGCUUUGA